CAUUUAUGUCAGAUAUGUGUACGCAAAUCAAGUGCAAUAAAAUUUAUGAGUCUUUGAAAUUGGCAAAAUAAGUAAAAUAAGAAUAAACAAUUGUAAAUUAUCUACAAGAUGUACAACCAUAAUCCCUUCGGAAAUUUUAAUAGGCCGACUUCACUAUUAUAUAUCUCUUUUAACUCUUAUAGCAAUUCAUAGUCACUUAAAAGAGAAUUCUUUAUUAUCAUCGAAAGAAAAGAGAAGAUCAAAGAAAAGAAAUUUAAUAUUGUAAUACACGUGAUAGGAAGAACAUGAAAUCGUUGGAUUUCUAUCGCGAAGACGAUUGCAAAGAGUAUUACAAAGUUUUACAAUUCUUUAUGCGUAUAUGCGGUUUAUGGCCUUAUCAAUCAUUUUACGCUAAAUAUUUCUUUAUCAUAAUGACAAUAUUCUUAUGUGAAGGGGUUCUCAUUGGACAGUUAUUAGAAAUAGUGCAAGUUCGAAAUGAAUUAAACGAAGUGAUCGAUUGUAUACCGAAUAUAUUGAUAUCAAUCUUUGUUGGGAUAGAAUUCUUAGGACUCAUAUUCAACUCGAAAAAGGUGAAGAAAUGUAUUGAUAGAAUCGCUAAGGAUUGGCAAUAUUUGUCUUCGAACACUGAGAUUGAACUGUUGAAGUCGCAUACCGUUCAAGGACGAAAAUUAGCCAUCGGUUACUUAUUUUACAUGUCGCUUACCGGAUUCAUGUUUAUGCUGCAACCAAUACUCAUACUGAGUUUAAAUUCUGAUAAUUCAACAAAUAUACAAUCUACUAUUCCGUAUCGCGUGCAAUAUGGCAUUGAUAUAGAAAAAUAUUAUUACGAGAUAUUAUUUCAUUCUUACAUUAGCGUACUCUCUCAUAUGCUUAUUUUAUCUUCCAUAAAUUUAAUAUACAUCACGUUUAUUCAACACGCCUGCGGAUUAUUUUCCGUGAUCGGUUACAAAUUGGAACAUAUUGGCGAUGAAAAAAAUUUGAACGAUGAUCCGAACGUUAAGAAGAUCGAUGACAACAAUUAUCGGAUUGCAUUGGAUUGUCUACGAAAACAUAUUAAAGUUAUAGAGUUCGUAUCAACAUUAAAUUAUUUUGUUUCAUUUAAAUCUAAUUUGAAAUUACAAUUUUAUAGAUUUUCCGAGGACAUAGAUGCAUCAUUCUCGGUUAGUUAUUUUUUUGGCUUGGGAUUGUUUAUGUCAAUUUUAGCUGUUUCUGGUACUCAGGUAUUACUGCAUUCCGAUCAUAUAAUUGAAGCUGUGAGAUACGCAUGUCUCUUUAUAUCCAUACUUAUUCAAUUCUACUGGUUAUGCUGGCAAGCACAGCGCUUAUUGAAUUAUAGUAAUGUACCUUACGAUAGCGCGAUUCAAGGACGUUGGUACUAUACUUCAACACGUUGCAAGAGAACACUUAUCUUGAUCAUGAUAAGAUCUUUAAAGCCAUGUGAGAUAACAGCAGGAAAUUUAAUCACUUUCUCCAUAGAAACGUUCAGUUCGGUAUUACGAACGUCGAUGUCUUACUUCACCGUAUUGCAAUCAAUGCAUUGAAUUAUUACAUCCAAAGCACAUUACAUCCGAAAUGGCAAAUAGUAAAUAGGAUAAUAAAUUUCGA